UGUCAAAAUCAGACUGCUUUGCUUCGAAAUAACCUGUAAAUUCCAAACAGACGGUAUUUUUCUCAUUAUAAAAAUGCUUACAAUAACUAAUUUAUGCAAAAGUAAUCAUUCAAUUACAUAUUUAGUAUCGCAGUUAAGAUUUAAAUCAAAAGUGCAUUGGGCUAAAUUAAGAAAGAAGACUACUGCUAAGGACAAAGCUAUGAACCACUUUGACGAUUUUUACGGUAACGUUUUCGGGGACAAAUGGACUCCGAUGCGAGAGGCACUGCUUAGACGCACCAAGUACGUUGCUGUGAUAAACAACUACGGAGACCCGGAGGAAACCAUGGAAUAUCUUACCAAUAGAGGUGCCCAUUGCUUGAAGAACCUAAUGUCCGUACAAAAAGAGUUCAAUGACCAAUAUAACCCAACUCCAACCCCACCACCGGAAUCCACUAUGAAUGAGGGUACGGAUAAACUCGCUGCAUAUGCUGCCAAACUGCAAAGUGACGAAAUAUCAAGUGUCUAUCCUGCUGAUAAUGCACCGGAGACAUUGGAGACUAAGGAGAUUACAUUAGGAGAAUUAGAAGAAAAGAAAAAAGAUAAGAUCCGUCACAUAAACAAAACUCUAGACCAGUCUUUAGCAGAAGCAGAAAUAGACGAAUCCCGCAUAAUCGACCCGGGCAUGGGGCUCAUGUCGGAGGCCCUGUACCAGUAUGUUCCCGCCACCAAGCUGAAGGGCAUGGACGAAUGGGUGCCUGAAUCUCUGCAUUAUUCUUUUUAUUCUACUAAGGACAAAGACUUUCCACUGGUAACAGAACCAGAAACGGAGUUCAAGUUUCCAGAACAUCUCAAAGUGUUCACAUACGAAAUGGACAGUGAGUGGACUAUGUUCCCAGAGCCGAAGAGAUGCCAGACAGGAGUGUUCAACUACUAUCCGAUGGACUGCGGCAGCGUGGUUGCUGCACUGGCUCUCUGCCUUUCCCCCGGAGACAGGGUGCUGGACCUGUGUUCAGCCCCCGGGGGCAAGGCGCUGGUCAGUCUACAGACGCUGCUGCCUGACGUCAUCGUUUGCAACGACGUCUCUAUAUCGCGGUCGAACAGGACGCAGCACAUAUUCCGCGAUUACCUCUUCGAUUUCGACACGAGCAACAAAUGGCGCGAGCGCGUCGUGUUCACCAAGCUUGAUGGGCGAUCCUUCACUGACGACCAGGGAUUUGAUAAAGUGCUAGUAGACGUGCCGUGUACCACGGACCGUCUGUCGGUGACAAGGAUAGAAGACAACAACCUGUUCCGAUCUGACAGGAUCAAGGAAAGACUACGGCUGCCUGAACUGCAGGCGCAGUUGCUAACGAAUGCCCUCAGCCUGGUGAAGGUCGGCGGCGCGGUGGUCUACUCGACGUGCUCUCUGAGUCCCGUGCAGAAUGACGGUGUUGUGCAUAUGGCGCUCAAAAACGCCUUCGAAACACGAUCCAUUAUUGCUGCUGUCAAAGAUCUAACCCCAGCAGUGUCCGCUCUAAGCAGCACACUGACGUUCGCCACAGGAGAGAUAGCUCCGAAGUACGGACAACUAGUAAUACCGUCACUCGCAGCUAACUUCGGACCUAGCUACAUCUCACGAUUGGUGAGAUUAAAGUGAACAUAGUGAGGUAUUUAUUUUUUUUAAAUUCGGUAAUAUGUAAAAGUAUUCGAAAUACAAAAGAUAAAUGGAAUGAGGAUAAAAAGAAGCUCAAAUGUAGGCGGCAGCACUUUGGCGAAGUGUGACUUUUUGCGCUCGAACAUUGACUAUUUAGUUUAUGAAAUUAGUGCAUUAGGGGUUCGGCCAGGCGAAAAGAAAAUUCAGUCAAAAGUUUAGUGUUCCUAAAUUUUGUCAGUUCUCCAUACUAUACAGCUAAAAUUCGUGAUUUAUUGCUAUAAAAUGUGGAGCAACGUGGAGUGUAUCCCGACUGAAGGAUGGGUUACGAAAAAGAAAAGCCAUCAGUUGGAAAAAAGCAGUUUUGAUUGAAAAUAAGUUUUUCUAAGUUUUCUUUUUUUCGAUGUUCAGGGGAUAAAUAUAGCUACACUAUGAUUUUGCAGUUAUACGCUGCGUAAAGGGUUAUAGUGUAAAAAUAUAUGGUUGCUUGUUCAAAUAGUAUUGGAAACUGUCAAAAUUUAAAAACAUUCAACAGUAGCGACACCUGACGGGAGAAAUAGGCACUAUUUAUCCUCAUUAUUUUUAAAUAACUUAAUUGCUUUUCCUGUCUUGGAGCAAUAUAAUCUAGGAAAAACAAAUCAGUAUAAAAGUUAAGAAAAGAUUUUUAACGAUUUGAUGAGAGUUAAUUUUGUAAAUACAUAGGUAUGUAUUGUAAAUAGUAUAAGUUAGAUAGAAACCAAAUAUAAAAAUGUUAGAAAAAUAAAAAAGUCACAAAACAUAAG